UACAAAGCUUUAUUCGUUCAUUUUGGCCUCUCUGCAUGUGCGAGCUCAACAUCGGCUCCAGCAAGUCGCACCCACGUUUUGUAAAACCGCCCCCCAUUAUUGUCACCAGAGGAUAUUUCUGGGGCUACCGAGUGGACUUCAGAGAUCCCAUUUUCGAGCUUCGGACUCGGUCGCAGAGGGGGAUUUCAUCGCUUCAGCGAGAGGUAUGAGCUCUGUUCUUCAGUUUCAUUCCAUUUACUGAUGUGGGGUUCCCGCAUUUUGCGAUUUCGGCAUUGGGGUUUCUCUAGUUUUGAUGAAUUUGUACUGCGCUUUGUUGAUCUGGUAGAUUAUGGUUCGUUUUGUUUGUUCUGUUGAUUUGGAAGCUUUGGGAUAGGAAUUUUGUUCGAAUUUCUUUGAUAGUUGGCUUACUGAAUCAGUGUUUUUGUUGCGCAUUUUUGUGAAGUUUGGGCGAUUUGAAUGAGAUUGGUGAUACAUUGACUGAGAUGAGCUCGUGAUUGGAUUGUGAGGUUUAUGUGUGAAUGAUUCUGUAAUCGGGAAUGGAAGUUUUGUGGUGAAUCUUGUGAUUGUUUAAGGGCUCUGUGAAUUGGAUUAUGGCUUCUUCGCCUUCUCCGAGUGUUUCUCCUCCUGAGAAUCCGUCAGAUUCCGCAUUUUUUUCACCUCCUUCUCCUUCUCCUCCGGCGGAAUCCGCAAUAUCUCCGACAUCUUCUGAGCCUAAUCAGACCGGUGAACCUCCUUCUUCACCUUCUACUCCUUCAGCUCCACCUCCUCAAUCACCACCAGCUGAUGCUCCUCCUCCUUCUCCUCCACUGUCUCCUCCACCAUUGACAGCAUCACCACCUGCACCACCUGAAUCCCCACCUCCUCCACCACCACCUUCGCCUCCUUUAUCUUCGCCGUCGCCACCAUCAACCUCUGCACCACCACCUUCAACAUCAACCUCUCCUCCACCACCACCACCACCAACUUCCUCUGCAUCACCACCUCCUCCAGAUCAAUCCACUGCCUCUCCUCCUCGUGAUGCUUCUCCUUCGCCUCCUGAUUUAACGACGUCGCCGCCUCCACCACCAGCAGCAGACAAUUCUCCACCUCCUCAAUCUAAUCCUAGUCCUCCACCUUCAACUUCCUCUCCUCCUCCCCCUGACAUAACUUCAGCUUCUCCACCUCCACCUUCUAAGGCCCCAACACCACCUUCACCGAAGGGAGAGUCGCCUAAUGUAUCUCCCCCAGCCCCCAAGGUUUCUCCUCCUCCUUCUGAUUUUCAAUCUCCACCAUCAGUUGAGGUCCCCCCACCAAGAUCCUCAGUUCCAUCACCUCCUCCUUCAGUCCCUUCAUCAUCUACUCCUCCUCCAGUUACUCUUCCUGGUUCUCCAUCUAAUUCAUCCGCUGAAGGCCCCAUUAGCCCUCCAACUUCUGGUAUACCCGAACGACCGAUUCCAACAAUGAAUGGUACUGACAUCACAGCAAAGAAAGGGGGUCUCAACACCGGAACAUCUGUGGCAGUUGGCAGUGUGGUUGGUGUUCUAGUGCUGAGUCUUGUUAUCAUGGGUAUGUGGUUUGUUCUGAAACGGAAGAGAAGAAAGAAGAGUAUCCCUUACGCCAUGCCUUCUCCUUUUUCCUCCCAAAACUCAGAUUCAAUUUUCUUAAGGCCCCAUUCUUCAGCUCCCAUGGCAGGCAGUCGUACCGAUAGUGAAUUCAAGUAUUCAUCAUCUGAAGGAGGUGGAGUAGGUAAUUCAAGAUCAUUUCCUUAUGAAGAGCUACACCAGGCAACGAGUGGAUUUUCGUCGAAUAAUCUUUUGGGGGAAGGUGGAUUUGGUUGUGUGUACAAAGGCACCCUUGCAGAUGGUAGAGAGGUAGCCGUUAAACAACUUAAAGUGGGUGGUGGUCAGGGAGAACGAGAGUUCAGAGCCGAAGUUGAGAUUAUUAGCCGAGUACACCAUCGACAUUUGGUUUCCCUGGUCGGUUACUGUAUUUCUGAUUAUCAAAGAUUGCUCGUCUAUGAUUAUGUUCCAAACAAUACCCUUCAUUACCAUCUGCACGAUGCGAACAGGCCUGUUUUAGCUUGGGCUACACGUGUUCGAAUCGCUGCUGGUGCAGCCCGUGGAAUUGCUUACCUACAUGAAGAUUGCCAUCCACGCAUUAUUCACAGGGAUAUUAAAUCGUCUAACAUUCUGCUCGAUAUCAACUUCGAAGCUCAGGUUGCAGAUUUUGGGCUUGCUAAAUUGGCAUUGGAUUCGCAUACACAUGUAACGACUCGUGUAAUGGGAACCUUUGGAUACAUGGCUCCAGAAUACGCAACAAGUGGGAAAUUGACAGACAAAUCUGAUGUUUUCUCUUUUGGGGUUGUACUUUUGGAGUUAAUUACCGGUCGCAAGCCUGUAGAUUCUUCUCAGCCUUUAGGGGACGAGAGCUUAGUCGAAUGGGCUCGACCGUUGCUGGCACAAGCUAUCGAGGACGAGAAUUUUGAAGAACUGGUGGAUCCAAGGCUAGAGAACAGUUACGUUGACAGAGAAAUGUUUCGGAUGAUCGAAGCAGCCGCCGCAUGCGUUCGUCAUUCGGGAGUAAAGAGGCCAAGAAUGAGUCAGGUGGUGAGAGCUCUAGACUCAUUAGAUGAAAUGUGUGAUCUCGCAAAUGGGGUGAAACCUGGGCAAAGUGGAGUGUUUAAUUCAGCUGAACAUUCUGCUCAGAUCAGAAUGUUUCAAAGAAUGGCUUUUGGGAGUCAAGAUUACAGCUAUGGUUACUCGGAUCGAGAUCGAAGUCGGAGUUACAGUCAAACUCCGAGUAGCUGGAGUAGAGAAUCCAGAGAUCAAAGCCCGUCGGCGCCUAUGAAUCGAUCCCGACAAUGGAACAUCUGAAUUUGGAGGUGGAAUCAGGUUGAAUUCCUUGUAAAUCUGUGCUCAAAUUUUCCGAUUACAAAUUUAUUCUGUUGAUGUUCUCCUCUGUCUGGUAACAAGGUUUUGACAUGAUAAAAGCUUGGUAUUUUGAGGAGUAACUGUACUAUUCUUUGUACACUACUUACUAUUCUUUGUGGCAAGUAAUUGAAUUUUGAAGCCUGGUUUUAGGGAUGAAUUUACUU